AUGCUUUUGAGGAGUGUUUUAGGUCGCAUUGGGCCCAAGUUCCCUAGCUGUAGGCCUCUUUUAGCAAAUAGUAGGUUCAAUUUCAGUAGAAAUUGGUCGAGUUUGAGAUCUUAUUCUAACUUCAAUGCUAUUAAGUUAGAUUCUAAUGGAUUCAGCAGAGGAUUCUUUUCUUCUACUCGUCCAUUGAAUAGUAGUACCGCUUCCCAAGAGGCUAUUCCGUCAUCGAUUCAACCUCCCAAAAGGUUGAUCAAUUCUUCAAAAUGGGUUGGUUAUUGGCUGAUAGGUACUUCUGGAUUGGUAUUUGGUAUCGUCGUUUUAGGUGGUUUAACGAGGUUGACAGAAUCUGGAUUGAGUAUUACUGAGUGGAGGCCUGUAACUGGUACGUUACCCCCAAUGAGCCAAGAGGAAUGGGAAGAAGAGUUUGCUAAAUAUAAGGAAUCGCCAGAGUUUAAACAGAUCAAUUCUUCCAUUGACCUAGACGAAUUCAAAUUCAUCUUCUUUAUGGAAUGGAUUCACAGAUUAUGGGGUCGUGCUAUUGGUGCUGUAUUCGUAUUACCAGCAGCGUAUUUUGCGCUAGCUAGAAAGACGUCAGCAAGAGUCAACAGAAGAUUAUUUGGAUUGGCAUUCUUGCUUGGAUUCCAAGGAUUUAUUGGCUGGUGGAUGGUUAAAUCUGGUUUAGAUCAGGAUGAUUUGGACGAGAGAAAAUCUAAACCUACAGUGUCACCUUAUAGAUUGGCAACACACCUAGGAUGUGCAUUUUUAUUGUAUUUGGGUAUGAUUUGGACUGGAUUGGAAGUUUUAAGAGAAAAGAAUUUCGUUAAAGAUCCUGCGAAGGCUCUUGAAACGUUUAAGACUCUUGAUAAUCCAUUACUACGUCCCUUGAGAAGAAUGUCUCUUGGUAUUUUAGCUUUGACAUUCUGUACAACGAUGUCUGGUGCUCUGGUUGCCGGUUUAGAUGCUGGAUGGAUCUACAACACUUUCCCCAAGAUGGGCGAGAACUGGAUACCGCCUAAACGUGAACUGAUGGAUGCUAAUUUCGCCCAUAAAGAAGAUAAGAGUGAUUUAUGGUGGAGAAACCUUUUGGAAAAUCCAACUACAGUCCAACUGAACCACAGACUGUUUGGUAUAGCUACUUUUGGCGCAGUAUUUGCCUUACACAUGUACGGUGUUAAGAAGAAGCAUAUAGUUCCUAAGGCCGCCGAUCGUACUCUGAAGGCAAUGAUGGGUUUAGUUACCUUACAAGUUGGACUUGGUAUCACCACUUUACUUUGGUUAGUUCCUAUCCCUCUUGCAUCUGCCCAUCAAGCGGGUGCAUUAGCGGUCUUUACAAGUGCCAUCCUGCUUGCAGCUCAACUAAGAAAGCCAAGAAUCCCAAUGAAACUUCUCAUCAACGGUUUACACAUGCAAGAGUUGAGGAAGGGCGGCAGUAAAAUUUUAGCUGAAGCUGCUAAGCAACCAAAAUUGAAGUGA